GAGUCCAGUUUCACAUUCUAUUUUGAGCCAAAAAGGAAAAGACAUGUCCCACAACGGCACAACUGACAUGAGGCAGAUGCUGGUGGUCAUGUCCAUGGAGGAGGAAUGGUCCUCUCUGAAAUCUUUACUCCAGAAAGGUCAGCUGGAGUGUUCUAGUUCACUGGGACCAAAUCAAGUCUGUGGUGUGACACUGGAUGGCAGAGAGAUGAGCUUGAUCUAUCCUGUUUUAAAGCAAGACAUGACAGAGGAGGACUUCUGCCGGGCGAUAGAGAGCUGCAUUAAGACUUCCACCCAUGGAAUCAGUUCAUUUUUGCUGCUGAUCCAAGGUGGACAUUAUACAAAGACAGAGAGACGAAUAAUGGAGAUGCUGCAGGGAUGUUUGGGAUGGAGGCUUUACAAUAUCUCAUAGUUAUCUCUUUGGAAGAAGGAAAGGUUGUUGAUGUGUUAGAUGAUGCCCUCCUGGAACUGAUAAAUGUGUGUGACGGAAGGUACUGCCGCAUCUCUGGCUCACCGGCAACAGCAGACGAGCUCGGUACACUGCUUGAGAUGGUCGACUACAUGCUGGCUGAAAGUGGUGCGUGUGGUUACACUGAGAACAUGCUCAGCGAAGCUAAGAGGAGGAGCACAGAGGAUACAGCCUUGAAGAUGUUGAAACAGAAGGUCCAGGAGGCUGAGGGGAAGGAGCAGGCCUUCAACCAACUGAUGGAAGAACGAGAGAAAAAAAGAGCAACCGAGGUGGAGGAACUGAAGGCUAAGCACGCUGAGGAGAGGAGGAAGGAGGCGGCUGAGAAAAGGCAACAUGAUACAAAGAGAGAGAGCCUUGAAGAGGCAGUGAGAAGUCAUUUAGCCAUGUUACAGCUGCAGACGAACACUAAUGCUGAUGAUGUGAGGAGAACUUCAGUCAUCCUGCUGGGCCUCUCUGGCAGUGGGAAAUCCUCAGCUGGAAAUCUCAUUCUGGAGAGGGCAGGUAAUCAAUACUCAAUUAAUGAGCCUUGCCGCAGUGCCCCACAGCCAACCUUGGCUUGUGAGAGAAAGGAGGUGUUGGCAGAGGGGGGGCGGCUCACGCUGGUGGACACCCCUGAGCUGUGGGACGAGGAUGGGACGGAGAACCUGGAGUUGGUCAAGGACUGCCUGGCUCUGGCCCUCCCAGGACCCCACGUCUUCCUGCUGGUGCUCCAGGUGGGGCGCUUCACCCAGGGGGAGAGCGAGAUGCUGGGGCACCUGCAGAAGAUCUUUGGAAAAGAGUUUGCAGAGCACACAAUCAUCCUGUUCACGCGCUGUGACAGCAGCCAGCACAGGGCUCAGAGAAUCAACGACUACGUGGCCAACGCCCAUGUGAGCCUACAGGAUCUGGUCCGGAAGUGCGGGAGCCGUUAUUAUGUGCUGAACGUCACCAAGUCCCAGAGCGCUCUGAGCUACCCACAGGUGAAGGACCUGCUCGCAGGCGUCAACAAGCUGGUGGCUUCACACGGCGGACACUGCUACUCCACUAAGAGAUUUUCUGUGGAAGAGCUGAAGGAGAGGAAGAAAGUGAUGGAGGAAAGAAACUAGGUGGUGUCAGAUGCAAAUUGCUUAUUGUGAUAUUCUUGAUUUCUAUGCUGGCGUAAAAGCUUUGCAUCUUGUGUCAGAAAUCUCAAGCCAUAGCAGGUGCUAACAUGUUCUGGAGAGCUGGCUGUGCUCAAAUAAUCUUAAAAUAAUCCACAAAAUCUUACUGUGAUACAGUGAACUAUCUUGUCUUUAGCCCUGAUCUCUACUCCAAAGUUGUGUCUUCAGAAGAUUUGAUUCUUUUCACAUGCAAGCAAGCAUUUUUUUGGCCACGCAACUGAUGGUAAAGUUACCCAGUGUAGUUUGUGACCUAGUGCACACUUAGGAAAACCAGACCCCCAAAAUAUUCCAAAGUAAGGCUUUACAAAUGUCUUUUGAGGCAGAAAACGUUCUCAGUAUGUUUAUUAGGCCUCAAGAAUACAGCGUGUUUUGAUGAGAUUUUUUUUUUUUUAUGUAAACAAAACCAAGUGUGUUUUCAUGGAAAAUCAAUGACUAAUAGCUACUCUCAACAGUUGCCUUUACUACAUACAUUGGCCAGUGUACAAUUCAGACAUGUUAACAAUACACUGAUAAUUACUGCUAAUAAACAAAACAUUCACUGAAUUCUUUUGACACAGCUAUGUCUUAUAUUUACAAAGACAAUCAGAUGUUUACAGCUGUUGCUCCCCAAGUGCUGAUGACCUCCAGUAUGGCUGCCAAAGGGUUUAGCUGAGAGCCCCACACAAGGAUGCUGACACUCAGACUAUUGAGACAGACCAAUGGGAAAAAAAAAAAAAAAAAAAAAAAAAA